GAUGUCAAAUUUAAUGUCCAACUUUUCAUUUAAUAAAAAAAUUACACUAUUUUAGAAUUUUAGGCCUGCGGCGGCUGAAUAUAUCCUGCCUUUUGUCUCAAAAUCAAAUUAUUUCAAUUAUUUAAAUAUUUGUAGAUGCAUCACUCAUCUUAAUUUUCACUACAUCUGCUAAACUCACACAAUUGUUCACUUCCACUUCUCUCAUUUUUAUCACUCUUAAACACCCCAUUUCCCUUCUUCACUUCCAUAAUCAUGUCAAGAAAUUUAUUAUUUAUAAUUGUUAUAGUUUUUAUUAUUGGUGUUAAUGCAAAUGGCAGGUAUGUGGUAAAGAAGAACAGCAUAAGAAUAGUCCAUCCUUAUGGUUUAAUGUCUAAACAAUAUGAUGCUGCAGUUGCAGACUUUGGAAUUCCUUUUGAUGGAGAUGCAAUGGUGGGGUCUGUACUGUAUCCUCGUAAAAACUCACAUGCAUGCAAACCUUUUGAUGGGGUUGAAAAUGGUGAACAGCCCUUUAGGUCUAAUUCUACUCCACCUAUCAUUCUCCUUGUUGAUCGCGGAAGUAAUAUGUUUUUCUUUCCAGGAUGCUUCUUCGCUUUGAAGGUCUAUAAUGGGAUGCAGGCGGGUGCUGCAGCUGUUUUGGUGGCUGAUGACAUAGAUGAGCCUCUUAUUAGUACUCCGGAGUCUCCCAAGAAAGUUUUAUACAUAGAGAAGAUUGGAAUCCCGUCAGCUUUAAUUGAUCGAGCUUUUGGCGAGACAUUGAAAGCUGCUGUACAGAAAGGUGAAGAGGAUGUAGUGUUGAAACUGUACUGGACCGAUUUGAUGGCCAACUCGGAUUAAAGGGUUGAGUAUAUGUAGAAGAUGUUCAGUUUAGCGGUUUGUUGGCGAUUGCAUUUUCCAAUGUGUUUCUUUCAUGUCAUAGCAGAUUACUAUAUUGUGCAUUACAGUUUUUACAAACCUUGUAAGAAGUCUAGUCUGCUGACAGUUUGUAUUACUUGCUGCUAACAAUACACUGUAAAAUCAUAGUUUCUAUUAACUGUUAACAAGAGAUGAGA